AUGCCUGUCUGGCACAAGAUUAGCAAGCUCCGCAGCGCUGAGGGACAUGCCGAAAGAGAAGCGAAAGCAGCGCGGAAGCAGACGCUGGCAGAAGACAGGAGUGACGCUGAGUGUAUAAUGGUGCGGAAGAAGGCAGACGAUGCUCGGAAGUGCUCGGAGGCUCGCGGAGGUAACGACAGGACAGAAAACGAUCGACACAGAGAUAUCCUGCGUGGCGUAACACCAGUGGCGGUCAAAGUAAAGAUGGAGAUGGGUACCGUAUGCCUCAAGGCUAACGAGCGCGUGGCCGUUAUAGAGAAGGUGUACAGGGGCCCGACCGUCUGA